AGUAAGAAGCAGCAGAGAAAGUAAUUAACUGAAGUGGUGAUUGAUAAAAAAUAAUACCACAAAAUAAUAAUAUUCUGAGAGUGUUUUAGAUUAUUUAAAUAAAUUAUAGCUCAGCAUUCUGUUAUAUUUCAAAUUAAUAUUCGUGAACAUAUAUUUUUGAAGUUAUGUCGUUAAUCGAUAAAUUGGAUGACAACAUACCCUUAGCAGAUGCAGAUCCGCAGGUGAUUAUUAAUGAUGACGAUAUUCGUCAAAAUAAUAUGCCCAACGGUUGUUCCAUGGAUUCUUUACGAUCUUCAUUUACUAAUAGGAGCUCAACACCAGAUUCUUCACACAACUCAAUGGAAGCAGAAAUAAGUCCUGACGAGAAAGAGGAAAAGGCGCGACUCAUAACUCAAGUAUUAGAAUUGCAAAAUACUUUAGAUGACUUGUCACAACGAGUCGAUUCCGUAAAAGAAGAAAAUCUGAAAUUGCGCUCAGAGAACCAAGUACUUGGGCAGUACAUUGAAAACUUAAUGUCAGCAUCAUCCGUAUUUCAGUCAACUACACCAAAUGGCAAGAAAAAGUAAAUUUGUGAGAAUUUAAAAACAAAUAAUGAUAUUAAGACAAUUUUAUGCAUUCAGACUUGUAAAUGUUUAAGUUGCUAUAUACAUAUAUAUACAUACAUAUAUAUAUUUAUAAAUAAUGCACAAUUUUUGUCAUGUGUAGUUAUUAAAUUUAGUAUAAGCUAUCAUUGACAUAUUUUACAAAGCAUUUGUUUAAUGUUUAUGACAAUUUGUAAAUGCUCAUAUAUAUUAGUUAAUUGAAGUGAUUUGUAUAUGAUUUGUAUUUUUUACCUCAGUGUUUUUAUUUACUAAUGCUAC